CAGGAAUCUGCUGUUUUAUCAUUUAGCUUGGGGAAAAAGAGAGUUUGGAAUCUCUAGCACUGCUCUAAACUGGUUUAAAGUCCCCAUGUGACAAUUUUUGUUAUUUUAAGAAAACGUUCUCAAUAGUGUUUUAAUUAUGAUUAUGAAGUUUUUAACUAAAAUCUCACAACCUAAUUGACUUAAAUGCUAUUUUUCAUGUUGAUCUGAAGCUUUCAUCUGAAAAAUAUCCAGAGGGGCGUGGCUUUUGGGGCUGAGAGGCCUUGAUCAGGACCCCCACUGUCUGAUUAUGGUGGUUCCGUGUCUCGCUAGCGUAAAUCAUCUCCGCUGAUCUCCUUUGAGCUGGUUGUCAGCGCGGAUGAGGAAGUUGAGAGCUUCACGGACCAAACUUUCACAGAUCCUUUACUGCUGCUGUCAAAUGAGCCGCCGUUCAUAUUUCCGUGGUCACAUCAAGAAGCUCCGUGGAGUCUGGUGGAGAUUUCCCAGCAUUCUCAGCUCUGGUACCAUAAGUAUUGUAUGAAACUCACAUAAGAAAAUCCAGUGAUGCUGAUUUGACCACAGAAAUGUGAACGGCAGCUCAUUUGACGGUAGUCAACAGGGUGGAGGAGAAAUGUCUUCACAUGGGUGUGCUCUGAGGCACAGAAGUUUACAUUUAAAUUAUUUUGUCCCACAGUUCAUCUGAGGACAGAAAGUCUUCCAGCAGCUGCUGAACAAUAAAACAUUCAGAUGUUGCUAACUGCUCUUCCGCUCAUGCGUCAGAGACAAAGUUCAGCACAAACAGCUUUCACUUUCACUUACGAGGAAAGAAAGAAGACAAAAAAUGUGGAGGGGGAGAAAAAAAGAAACUAAAGCAGACGACAAUCGAGCAGGUUCUCCCUCUGACACUGAACUCUCGGACAAAGAGGGAAAACUCAUUCUGAUGUUAAAGUGGUCUGAUUCAGCGAAAAGAGACCCACAUCUGCUGAAGAAAUCUAUUAAACCAUGGUUAAAAAAAGAGAAACAAGACUUAAAGUGGUCAGUUAUCAAGAUCCUGGAGGACAACAGUGCUCUGAUAAAGUUUAAACCCCACACAGCUGCAGAUAUUUUUCAGAGAUUACGUGGUAAAGAUCUGCAUCUUCCCGGUAUGCAAACAGUCUCUGUAGAGUCAGUCAUUCUGGACUCACCAAAGCUCAACACUCAAACAUCAGAUGAUGCUUCCAAGACGUCUACUCCAUCUACAUCUGACAAAGAACAGACGAGCAGUCAGAGUGAUACAGAUCACAGCCCAGAACAAGUUGAUCACAGAACUGCAAAAUCCUCAGAUUCCCAGAAAGGAAGUCCAUUAAAACUGGCAACAAACAGAGAAGAACGUAGAGCAGAUGACGAUCCAGCAGCUUCUCUGUCUGAACUCUCGGAUGACACAGAAAAAGAUGGAAAACUCAUAACUCUGGAGUUAACGUGGUCUAAACCAGCAAUAAAGCCCAAAAAAUAUCUACAGAAAGCCCUUAUAGAAUGGUUACAAAACAAAAAUAAAGACAUAAAGUGCUCAGUUGUCACAUUCCAGGAGGUCUACAAUGCUGUGAUAACGAUUGAACCCUCUACAGCUGCAGAGAUUCUUCUGGAAUUAUCUGGUCAAAUUCUGACUCUUAAAGACGGUACAAAAGUCACUGUAGAGUCAGUCGUUCUGGACUCAUCAAAGAUGAAGACUCAGACAGCAGAUGAUGGUCCCUCGACUUCUACUUCAUCUACAUCUGAUCAAUCAUCAAACAGCUGCAAUUCUGAUCAAACAAGUCAGACGGAUGCAGAUGAUCAGGCAGCUGCAGCAUCUUCAGACACCCAGGAAGGGACAACUGAUUGUUCACCAAACCUGAACACUCAGACAGCAGAUGAUGGUUCCUCGACUUCUACUUCAUCUACAAAUGAUCAAUCAUCAAACAGCCCCAAUUCUGAUCAAACAAGUCAGACGGAUGCAGAUGAUCAGGCAGCAGCAGCAUCUGCAGACACCCAGGAAGGGACACCUGAUUGUUCAUCAAACCUGAACACUCAGACAGCAGAUGAUGGUUCCUCGACUUCUACUGCAUCUACAUCUGAUGACUCAGAUACAGAGGAAAACCUGAUAACUCUGGUGUUAAACUGGUCCAAAUCACCUGAAGAACGUCGAGAAUAUCUGGAAAAAUCUUUAGAGAAAUCUCUACAGUCAUGGUUGGAAAGAAAAAAUAAAGACUUGAAGUGCUUAUUGGUCAAGAUCCUUGAAGACAACAAUGCUCUGAUAAAGAUGAAUGAAUUACCAGACGGAAAGAUUCUUACGAAAUUAAAACAUUUAAAUCUGACUCUUGAAGACGAUACAAAAGUCACUGUGAAGUCAGUCGCUCUGGACUCAUCAAACCUGAACCCUCAGACAGCAGAUGAUGGUUCCUCGACUUCUACUGCAUCUACAUCUGAUGUCACAGGACAGAUGAGCGAUCAGAGUGGUCAAGUUUCAAUCCCAAAACAAACUUCUAGUCGUCCCAGAGAGAAAGCUGACAAACCCACUGAAUCAUCAAACAGCUGUAAUUCUAAUCAAACCAGUCAGUUAUACAAAGUUCAUCACACUGCGACAUCUUCAGAUAUUGAAGACGUGAAAGCUGGAGAAGGAUCUAAAGCAGACGACAAUCCAGGAGGUUCUCUGUCUAACGCUAAACUCUCUGCCGAAGGACAGACGAACAGUCAGAACGAUCAACAUUCUGUCUCAACACAAACUCCUUGUGAGCUGAAGUCCAAAGGUGAUCAAAGCAGACAGAGCCCCGUAGUAAAACCUGCUGAAACAUCUUCAGGGACUCAGAAAGGAAGUAAAGGAAAAACGAAGAAAGAAGGAGAAACAAAACCAGAUGAGAAUCCACCAAGUUCUCUUUCCAACGCUGAAGUCGCAGUUAAAACAGAAAAAGAUGAAGUUCCAAUAACUUUGGUGUUGAAGUGGUCCAAACAACCUGAAAAACAGCAAAAAUCUCUGGAGAAAUCUCUACAAUCUUGGUUCAACAAAAUCGGAAACAAAGACUUAAACUGUUCAGUAAACAAAAUCCUUGAAGGCAAGAAUGCUCUGAUAAAGAUUUCACCCCCUCCAGGUUUGGAUAUUGUUCUGAAAUUAUCUGGUGAAAUUCUGACUCUUAGAGACGGUUCAACAGUCACUGUAGAGUCACUCAUUCUGGACUCAUCAAAGCUGAACCCUCAGACAGCAGAUGAUGUUUCCACCACUUCUACUGCAUCUACAACUGAUGACACAGGACAUGUGAGCGGUCAGAGUGAUCAAGUUUCUGUCUCAAAUCAAACUUCUGGUGAUGAUAAAAAUAAGUCUAAAAAUGGAGUUGGUCCUGACACUAUUUUAGGACAGAAGAGAACCCAGAAUGACCCGGAUUCUGCAGCAGAAAUCUCUCCUGAAAAGCGACAAAAGCAGAAUCAGGAAGAUUCUGUGUCUGUUCCAGUGAAUUUCUUCUGGUAUGUGAGCAGAGUCUACAAGGAUGAAAUCAAGAGCAUAGAAGAAGAGACUGGAUGUGAAAUGGAUGCAACUGUGAACGUCACAUUUAAAGGUGGAAGUCAGGACAAAGCUCUCUCUGAAUUCACAAACCUCGUCCAGAAAUGCUUGAAUGAACCCAUAGAGUCAGUUAUUCCUGUCCAGGAUGUAAGUCCAGAACGGUGCAGUGAGGCGUUCAAGCUCAUCCAGAAAAAUGAGAAAAAAGCUCUGCUCACUCUGACUCCUAAAGAAAUAACUGUAUGUGGACCAGACAGCGACCAGUUAAAGAGAGUUCUUGAAAGAAAUGAAAAACCUGAACUGCUGCAUGACGACACCCCCAUGAAGAUAAAAAUGACCAUCAAAGAUCCUCUCAGUGAUGCAGGAAUAACGAUGGAGGAGAGUUCCUGGAGGAAAUUAAAUGUUGGUCAUUAUGACAAAAUAAGAAAGAUUAAAGAAAAGUUUGAUGUGGACUUUAGAGAGUUCAGGAUGGAUGGAGGUAAAGUUCAGGUGAAAGCUUCUUACAACAAUCCUGAAGGAAACCCCAGCAUGGAGAUUCAUGCUGUCAGAGCUCUUCUUCGUCUUUACCAGAAAAGUGUCACAUCAUGUCUGAACUACAAGAACCUUCAAGGAGCCUCUGGAAUCAGUCAUCAGCCAAAAAUCCUUGAAGACAAGCCAGAAAAGAGAUCAACCACUGAAGGAGGAGCCACAGGAGGAGACAGCACAGAGGAAAACUGUCCCAUCUGUUUUUCUCCGUUUACUGAUAAGGAAAGUCUGAGCUGCAAACACGAGUUUUGUAAGUUAUGCCUGCAGGAAGCAGAGAAGAGCAGUGGACCCAUCUGUCCUGUCUGCAGAAAAGUCUUUGGUAUCAUUCAGGGAAAUCAGCCAGAUGGAACCAUGACGUGGAUGAAGAGUUCUGCUCCAGUUCCUGGUUUCCCUCACUGUGGAACCAUCAUCAUCACCUACAGUAUUCCAAGUGGAAGACAGACGGAGAAGCAUCCGAUACCUGGACUGUACUAUACUGGUACAACUAGAACAGCAUAUCUUCCAGACAACAAAGAGGGUAAUGAAGUUCUGAUGCUGUUGAAGAAAGCCUUUGAUCAGAAGCUGAUCUUCACCAUCGGGGCUUCAAGAACUACUGGCUAUGAAGACCAGGUGACCUGGAGCAACAUUACUCAGAAAACGAGCUUGUAUGGAGUACCAGGCAGUUAUGGAUAUCCUGAUCCGAACUACCUGAGCAGAGUGAGGGAGGAGCUGAAGGCCAAAGGCAUUGAGUGAAUGUGACGCCAGGAGAUUUCAUCAUUAAAUCAGAGCCAAACAGAAUGAUUAAAGAAUUCUAACUGACAAAAAAGGAAUUAACUUUCAAAAAUGAACAGAAAACAAUUGUUUUUUUGUGAUUUAAGGAAUCAUCUAAGACCACUUUAGAUUUAUUUAAGCUGCAAAUGGUUCCGAUAUUAGCAGGCACAACCUCGAAGGAAUAAAAAAUUGCGAUUUGUUUGCUUUCCUUUUUGUGAUUGUAAGAUUGUGUCAAGAAUGAUCUUUAAAUUAAAUUAGAUUCUGAGUUUAUAAACCUUCAGUGAUUUGGUUUGAUGUUUGCUCAAUAAAUGACAAAAUGAAACAACAUUACAGUUUUUACUUUUCCAAAACUUUUAUGGCAAUAUCUUGACCAGCUCACAAAAGUCAUGUUCAUGGUCAUAAUUUUCAUAACACUUAAGCAAAAAAAAAAAAAAAAAC